UAAUUUGAAAAGAUAAAUAAGUAAAAUUAGAUAUUAGAAAUCUUUUAGAUAUUAUCGUUUUUUUUAUUGGAAUAGUUAUUAUCUUCUUAAAAAAAAAAAAACCAAAAAGAGGGAUAAACUUAAAACAGUAGAAAUAAAUCUCAGCAGAGGUGGGUAUCUCAGUGGAGCAGCAGAAGUGGGUAAACUUAAUUGAAUGAUGACUGACGAAGUCUUGAUUCUUGAAGAAGACCAGAUCUGAAUCACCUGAUGCUGGGUAAAUAAGGGAUCGCUGGAGUUACCGAUCUGGUUCGCGAUUGUACCGCGAUUCGGGUCGCGCGAUCGGGAUCGCGGGUCGCCGGCAAACCGAGCGAUCCCGGCAUCUCUCCUUCUGCAGUAGUCCUUAACUUACUAGCAAUGGCUACCGGCGCAAUCCAAAAAGUACCCUGCUAUUCGUACUCACCAUCGUCAUCGUCAUCGUCAAGACGUUGGACAUACGAUGUGUUCUUGAGCUUCAGAGGUGAAGACACACGCAAGGGCUUCACGGGCCAUCUCCACAUGGCGUUGAAAGAGGCCGGAAUCAAUGCGUUUAUUGACGACCAGCUGAGAAGAGGAGAAGAUAUAACAGCCGAACUGGUGCAGGCAAUUGAAGGCUCAAGGAUCUCAGUGAUCGUCUUCUCACGGAGGUACGCAGAUUCCGGUUGGUGUCUUGAGGAGUUGGUGAAGAUCAUGGAGUGUAGAACAACACUGGGGCAAAUGGUGUUGCCGAUAUUCUAUGAUGUUGAUCCUUCAGUUGUCCGGAGACAGACUGGUAUUUUUGCAGAUGCGUUUAAAAAACAUGAAGAGCGCUUUCGUGAAGAUAAAGUCAAGGUACAGAGAUGGAGAGAUGCUCUCACUGAAGCUGCUAACUUGUCUGGCCAUCAUCUUGCGGACGGGCAUGAAGCAAAGUUCAUCAAGGAAAUUAUAAAUGCUGAGAUUAACAAACAACUGACCAAUACACAGUUGUUCAUAGCCGACUACCAAGUUGGAUUAAACUCUCGCGCGGAAAAGAUUAUAAAUCACUUAAAUAUUGGAAAAAAUGAUGCUGAUGUUCGCAUGGUUGGAAUUUUGGGGAUGUCUGGAGUGGGUAAAACUACAGUUGCCAAAGUCAUUUAUAACGAAUUAUAUCAUACAUUUAGAGGUCAGAUUAGUUUCCUUGAAAAAGUGAGGGAAACCCAACAUCUGGUUGAUUUGCAAAGACAACUUCUUGUUGAUAUCUUGAAUGGGACCAAGAUAACUAUUAGUAAUGUCUCUGCAGGGAUCAUUGAGAUAAAAAGAAGACUUGGAAGCAAAAGGGUACUUGUUAUAAUUGAUGAUGUAGAUCAUUCAGACCAGCUAAAAGCCUUAGCUAUCAAACGAGACUCGUUUGGUGCAGGGAGUAGGAUUAUUAUAACAACCAAAGAUGAACAUUUUCUUAGGCAACUCCAUGUGGAUAGCAUAUACCAUGCUGAACAAAUGAAUAAAGAAGAAGCACUUGAGCUCCUUAGUUGGCAUGCAUUUGGAAAUUGUGGUCCUGAUAGAGAAUAUCUUGAGCUUGCAAGAAAAGUAGUGGAUUAUUGUGGAGGUUUGCCACUGGCUAUCCAAGUUUUAGGUUCUUUUCUAUGUACAAGAAGCACAGGAGAAUGGGAAAGUACAGUUGAGAAAUUGAAAAGAAUACCCCCUCGUGAAAUCCAGGAAAAGCUCAAAAUAAGCUAUGAUGGGCUAGGUGAUGAUACAGAGAAGGAUAUAUUCCUUGACAUAUCUUGCUUUUUUAUUGGAAUGGACAAGAACUAUGUCACACACGUGCUGGAUGGCUGUGGCUUUUCUUCAGAAAUUGGGAUCCGAGUCCUCCAUGAACGGUGCCUUAUAACUUCUCAUCAAGGACAAAAGCUGAUGAUGCAUGACUUGGUUCGAGACAUGGGCAGGGAAAUUGUGCGAGCAAAAUCCCCUAACAACCUUGGGAAACGUAGCAGAUUGUGGCAUCCUGAUGAUGUGAAAUCUGUGUUGACAAACAAUACUGGAACUAAGAGAAUUGAAGGAAUUAUUCUAGAUUUGGCAGACUCUGAAGAUAGUGGUUUCACUACAGAAGCAUUUAAAGAAAUGCAGAAUCUGAGAUUGCUCCAACUCAAUUACGCAAAUCUUACUGGAGGCUACGAGUUCUUUUGUAAAGAGAUAAGAUGGCUUUGUUGGCAUGGCUUCCCUCUAUCGGUCAUACCAAAGGAAUUUUAUCAACCAAACCUAGUUGCUAUUGACCUGCGGUUUAGCAAGCUGACGCACGUUUGGGAGGAUACUGGGGUGCUCGAGAAUUUGAAGAUUUUAAAUCUCGGUCAUUCCCACUACCUACUGGAAUCACCAGACUUUUCAAAACUCCCAAAUCUCGAGAAAUUGAUACUUAAAGACUGUAAGAGUUUAUCCAAAGUUCACAAGUCCAUUGGACAUCUUAAAAGACUUGUUUUGGUAAACUUGAAAGACUGCAAAGUUCUCAAGGCUCUCCCAGGUAGUUUCUAUAAGUUGAAAACUAUUAAAACUCUGGUGCUUUCUGGCUGUUCAAGAUUUGAAAAGUUUGGAAAAAACUUAGGAAAUAUGGAAUCAUUGACAACUCUUCAAGCAGAUAAGACAGCCCUAACAAAAGUACCAUCUGUAGGUAACUUAUAUUGUUUAAGGGAACUGUCUCUUGUAGGCUGCAAUUUACAUGAAGUUCCUAAGGAUCUUGGGAGUCUAUCUUUUUUAGAAGAUUUAGAUCUAGGAGGUAAUAGUUUUGAUAGCUUUCCGGACCUCAGUCGCCUUUCCAGUCUUUCUGAUCUAUCAUUGCCAAAUUGCAAUUUGACUAAUGAUGCAAUUGAUUCUAUGAAUCUUGGGAGUCUGUCAGGGUUACAUUCUUUAAAUUUGGACAACAACAAUUUUGGUAGCCUUCCAAGCCUGAGUGGUCUUCUUCAGCUUACAUGUCUUCGCAUGGCUGGUUGUACAAAACUUGAAGAGAUCAAUGGUUUACCAACUAGUUUACAUAUCCUGAACGCAGAUGAGUGCACUGCACUGAGAAGGAUGCCAAAUUUUUCGGAGAUGAAGAUGCAGAGGUUAAAACUAAAUAAUUCUCCCCAACUCAUUGAGUUUCCUGGCUUGGAGAAGUCAUUAAACGUUGCCAUGCGACUGACGAUGAUGGCACACAACAAUUUCACAAAUUACCUUCUUAAAGACAGCACUCUGGAGGGAUGGAUCGGGGCUGGUGACAUUUUGGUUGGCGGAAAUGAAAUUCCAAAGUGGUUUGAGUACAUCACAGAGGACGGUGGCCAAGUCCAUUUUAGAGUGCCUCAAGAGAUUGGUUGCGAUCUUAAAGUGUUGGCUGUUUGCGUGGUCUAUUCUGCUAAUUCGGCAGAUUCCAGCCAAGGGCUUUAUGACUUCUUCUUUUAUGUUGUCAAUCAUACCAAGCGUACUAGUUUCAAAGCGGAGACAGAUAUUGCCUUUGCAAGAAAUUCCCAUGAAUACUAUCUUUGGCUGGGACAUUUAUCAAAUGAUGAGUUCAAAUUGGGAGGCGGCGACUUGGUCGAUCUUGUUGCAGUUAUUCCAUAUGAAGAGUUCAGGGUGGAGAAAAUAGGCCUGCGUCUGUUGUCUGACAGAUGUAUCAGUUCCUAUCCCAAGCCGAUGUGGUAUGAUGUAAUCCCAUACUAUCAAGGCCUACUGAAUAUUACUAUUUAUGAAUGUGAUGAUGAGGAAGAGGAGGAGGAAGGACCGAGCCAUGUCCCAUCGAAAGAGCACCAACCUUUCAACAGAAGGGAAUCUGAUGACAAUGCGAGUAUGGAAACGAGUACAGAUGAAGAAUCCUUGGCGGACCAGGAUACUCCUGUCUUAGGAAAUACAUGGAUCGCCAUUUUUUCAAAACUGUGUUGUUGCCUGCCUUCCAUAAAUUCCUCAUAAUCAAAGUUAACUCUCUGUCCUCAGUGCCAAAUCAAGCUAGCUUCUCUCGAUCAGCUGUGAAUUUUAGUUUCCUACGUCGUCUUUGUGAUUAAAUUGGCUUUGGCUUGAUUUUCCUGGUCUAAACUUCAACAUUAUUGGUUAUUCCGUGUAACCAAAAAACCACAGCAUACCGGCAAGUAGAACAGUUUGCAGUAGUUGAACACGGACUUUUGCAAUGGCAAUGCAGCACCUUUACCAAGUGAUAUACAGCAACUUUUAGCUUGCUAAUACAAAUUAUGAGCUAUGCCCGUAAUUAAUUAGCAUCCGUUGUACAAAGCAGGCAGAAUUUGACUGCAACAGGGGGGAAAUUACUAAGAAAAUAGUCUAAGCGGAUAGGCUGCUAUAGUGCUACAAUUACCCUGGCAUCCAACCAUCAAUAAAAAAAAUUCAAUCAUAAAUUAUACCAUGAAUAUCAGUAACAAAUGUAAUAGCUUCCCAUGAAUAUUUAGGCAGGGACAUGUAUCAAUGCGUUCAAUUUGGAGAGUGGUGAUCAGGUUAAGAUUACUGAUCUUAGGGGCAAAAAGGGAAAAAAAAUCUAGAAGACUCCAAAUAUAUAAUGGUUAACUAUUAUUGUCCCAUGUCUUCUUUAAUUUUUUAAGAUCAUUUUACCCUUUAAUUAGUUAAGAGUUUUUUUUUUUUUUUUUUUUUUGUCGCCUCUCAAAUGGGUCUCUCGAUUUUUCAAGCUUUUACCAAAAUCAUUUUAAAAUCCCUUCUUUCUUUUUCCAAAUCCUCACAUUGGUAAUCCAAGACCCUAUGUUGAACAUCCAUCUAGGCUCUUAUGCAAUCCUAAUCCCAGUUUUAUGUCUGAGAGAUUAAGAUGCAUUAGAGCAGAUGCACAAAAGGACCAAUUGGGUGACCAAUUGGAGAAAAUGGUCAGUCUUGGCCAUGCAGCAGGCAGUGGCGGAACUAUUAAGGGGCCAGAGGUGGCCCUGGCCCCCCUCAAACUUUUGAAUUGCAAAUGUGGGAACAUGUAAUUGGUAAGUGAAUUAGACAAGAAUCAUGGAAUUCCCCACCCCCCCUUCUCUGGAUUGUGUAGAAAAAGUAUAAAAAAUAAUAAUUUUUAACACUUGUGUGGUACAAUAUCUAUAACCUAUUAAUAAAUUUUUUGAAAAACUAAAAAGAAGACAUAAAUAGAUGCUAUGAAAGAAUACAUUGGUACGUAGCUCAAAAAUUACUAUUAAAGCUUUCUUUAUAAAUGUUAAAUAUGUUUUGCAUUAAAUUGUCUUCUAAUAAAAAAAAAAUUAAAAAUUUGUUAAACAUAUUUCACAAUUUUUCGGCCCCCCCAAAUACAACCUUCUAGUUCCGCCACUGGCAGCAGGAAAAGAUUGCCCAGGCAAUCACUAGGGGCCACAUGAGACCACUUGCCCAUGCAAUUUGUUUGUUAAUCCUUAGAGCAGAUACACCAAAGGACCAAUUGGGUGGCCAAUUGGAGAAGAGGGCCAGUCUUGGCCAUGCAAAGGGAAAAGAUUGCCUAGGCAAUCACUAGGGACCACUUGCCCAGGCAAUUGGUUUGCUAAUCCUUAGUCACCGAAUUGCCCGACCUUUGGUGGUGGGCUCCACAAGCACGUGGGCCUGCUGCCAACAACUCUCUCUUUUUUCUAACCUAUACUUUUGUGUAAUUUAAUCAUAGCCGUUGGAUCUUUCGAUCCAAUGGCUGCGAUUAAAUGAUCGAUAAUGGUAAUUUUGAUUUUCACCCUAAAAAAUAAUCCGGAAUGUAAAAAGAAAUCUUAAAAUUUUU